UACGUCGCGUUUAUCAACAAUACUUUCGCUCGAAACAAAGAUAUACAUCGUUUUGUUUUUUAGUAACUGAUUGCAUGAACUCCAUGUAGAAUUCUGUAUCGAAAAUAUUCAUAUUUCUAAUUUCAAGAAGACACGAAAAAACGCUGAAACUGAAAGCAAAGUGAUUGACGUACACAGUUCGACUAAUCGAUUUGGAGAAGAUCACAUAUCAUAGUGCGAACAACUGUCAGACUUAACAAGCUGAAAGAUAACUGUCUUUAACGACAUUAACGGCUAUUGAUCCACAACCAUCAAAACAAUUGAUCGAGUACUCAGUGACCAUGAAUCCUAGUCAUUUUGGGAGUAUUUUCGUCUUCGUGAUGCUCAUAUUUGCCUUGGAUAGUUUCGGCACAGCGGAAGCAAGUUGCCCUGAAAAGAGCAAUUCCUCUUGUAGUGAAUGUGUCGGCUUAAAAGACAACUGUUUUUGGUGCUCAACAACUCGCAAAUGCGCGGUGUACGAUCCGAAGAAAGGCAGCAGUCAGAAAGACUGUCCUUCAUCGAAAGCUUACUACAAACAGUGCUACGUUUCUGGCAAUCUUUUGAUCAUUAUAAUUCCUUGUGUCGUUGGUGGGCUCCUUUUGAUUAUUGGCUGUACCAUCUAUUGUUGUUGCUGUCGAAAGUGUUGUGGAAAGAAGAAGCAAGGGAUGUUUGACAAGGAAGACAAGAAACUGAGGAAGGAAAGAAAUGAACGUCGCCAUUUACAAGACAGCCGUAAAGCGGAGAGGCAAGCCAGAAACGAAGAAAUGCGUUUGAAAUACGGUUUGAAACAACCAAGCGGCGAUUCUAGGUAUCAGAGAUUGGAACCCUGAAACUAAUAAAAUCUCAUUCAUUUUUGUUCGGACAUACCUUAUGAUGUAAAAUAUUAUCGUAUAUUUAAAUACAAACAGGGAAAUUUACAUUUUCAUUUUGCGCACACGGCAACAAGAAUGUAUCGACAGGAAGAAAAGCGAUGAUUUCAUUGGAGCGUGACGACACAACAUUUGAACCAAGCCAAAAUUGUAUGAAAUUCAUGGAACAAUUCUUGUUUUCGUUUGUUUGUUAAAUGGGAAUUUUGCCGCAUUGAAACUAACACAGAUAUUUAUGUAGAAAUAGAAUGAAUUAAGAAUCAGAAAACGUG